UGGAUGUCGAAGUGCGCUAAGAAUAGGUAAUAGCGGCUUGAACGGCAAAUCGACAACUUGGCUUAUUGAAUCUUUAAUAAAUGUUUGGAACAACUUUGUAAGGGAAAAGACACGAACUUCAUGAAUAAACGAACAAUUGGACCAACACCCCCAUCGAAACCACUAUUUUUGUAGUGGAAGCCUCGACAUACAAGAGUUUAUGCCUAGGUUCUUUUCGACAUCUACGUAGCGCAUCCAGCGCAUUUUCCCGACUGAAAUCCGUGCUCCAUUCUUUAGCCAUAGCCUAUCUCGCAACCAUGCGCUUCUCUUCAGGCUCGACAUAUAUAUGUCCGACAUUACUCUCCCUCCUCUGCCUCACUUCCACCUCACUUGCCGCCGAUGCCGACAAGACGACAACUUCAACAGCAUGCACCGCGUCAUCAACGUCAGGCGCCUUCUUCGAUUUGCGGCCCGACAUAGCCCUCAAGAAGAAUCCCGAUGGGUCUAAGCCCGCGCAUAGUAACGGCGCCCCGCUAGUGGACUACCAUGCCAAAGGCUACGACUACGGGUUCAACUUCACCUUGAAUAUCUGCGCUGCCGUGGUAGAGCCCGUUGACGAAGUGGUCGGCGUAGAGCCGAGUCAGUGGAAGAAUGUCAGCGCGUACUAUACCUCCAAGGGCGACAUAUAUAGUCUGGGUCUACAGUCCGGCGCUCUGAUAUCGAGAGGCAAGGAGCUAGUUCUACAAUACACGGGAGGGUCGCCGUGCGGAAAGAGCGUGAAGAGGGGAGCGGGUCUCGAACGUAGGAGUUCCUCUGUCCACGAAGGCGCGGCUCAUAAGGGAUCCGAUUUCGAGCGCGAAGAUACGCCGACGCCUACGAAGACAGCUGUCGCGACUAACACCCGAAAAUUAUCCAAAGAGACGAACGAGCCGAAGCGGAGAAAGUCGACUACCAUAUUCUUCAGUUGCGACAGGGACGCCGGCGCGGGCGCAGCUCAAGUCUCCUUCAUCGCGACAGAUCCGGAAGAAUGUUCAUACGUAUUCAAGGUCAAGUCACAGCACGCAUGCGCGGGCGUGGAGCCGCACAAGCCGGGAAGCGUGGGGCCAGGCUCCGUGUUCCUAAUUAUUUUCGUCAUCGCCGUCCUGGUCUACCUACUCGGCGGUAUAUUCUACCAGCGCACGGUAGCCCACGCCCGAGGCUGGAAACAACUGCCUAACUACUCGCUCUGGGCCAGCGUCUGGAGUUUCAUAUGCGAUUUAUUCGUUAUGGUCACCUCAUCUUGCUCUCGGCUCCUCCCGAAUCGGAGAGGAUACCACUACGUAUCGGGAUCACCAUCCGGAAGGGGUCGAAGUAACCGUGAGGACGAAAACCGGUUGAUCGAUCAAUACGACGAGGAGUGGGAGGAUUAAUGGAUUUCCUUUUUUAUGGGUUUAUUAUUAGCUUGUAGUUUUCUUGAUUGCUUUACGUGUUAUCACCACCUAGACUUUUACCAACAUGGCCUGGUUGUAAUACUAGAACUAGACGUUCGGAUAGAAAACACAUGGCAUAUGGUUUAUUCUUAACUCUUUUCUUCCUUUUUCCCUUUUCGGAAUAACUACCAUGUAUGCGUGUAGUUACGAAUGUAUGUAUUAGUUAACGGUUUAAUCGUUGAUUGGGAUCUAGGUCAUGAAUGGGAUGGAUGAUGGAAAACGUCGGAUCUCUGGGUAUUACUUGAUUGGGUCUACUGCAGCCGGGCGGCGCAGUUGGAUAUCUUGGGAAGCUGGCAAUUUUUAGCAUGUUUCAAUGUUUCAAGGUCUCGAAGUGAACCACCUCG